AUGGGCCCUGGAAAACUUCACCUUCUGCAAAAGAGCUCGGUGAAUCUGCCUGCUGAAGGCCUGGAGACCCGUUUUCUACAGGAAGACAUUUUUCCCAGUGUGUCUGGGCAAACUCACGACAAACAGGGGAGAGCCCCCUUCUUAAUACACGUGCAGGGAACCAUCUUCCCAGCUCCCAGUUUCAACCCCAUGAUGGACGCCCAAAUGCUAGGGGGAGCACUCCAGGGAUUUGGCUGUGACAAGGACCUGCUGAUCGACAUCCUGACCCAGCGCUGCAACGCCCAGAGGCUGGUGAUUGCGGAGGCCUACCUGAGCACCUUCGGCCGGGACCUGGUUAGUGAGCUGAAGGAGAAGCUUUCCAAUCACUUCAAGGAAGUCAUGGUGGGCCUCAUGUACCCACCGCCCUCCUACGAUGCCCACGAGCUCUGGCAUGCCAUGAAGGGAGCAGGCACUGAUGAGAAUUGCCUCAUUGAUAUAUUAGCUUCAAGAACAAACGGAGAAAUUUUCCAGAUGCGAGAAGCCUACUAUUUGCAAUACAGCCGCGACCUGCAGGAGGACAUUUACUCAGAGACCUCGGGACACUUCAGAGAUACGCUGGUGAACUUGGUCCAGGGAACCAGGGAAGAAGGGUACACGGACCCUGCCACGGCUGCCCAGGACGCCAUGGUGCUGUGGGAGGCCUGCCAGCAGAGGACAGGGGAGCACAAAACGCUUUUGCAAAUGAUCCUGUGUAACAAGAGCUACCAGCAGCUGUGGCUGGUUUUCCAGGAAUUUCAAACUAUUUCUGGGCAAGACAUAGUAGAUGCCAUUAAUGAAUGUUACGAUGGAUCCUUUCAAGAGCUGCUAGUUGCAAUUGUUCUCUGUGUUCGAGACAAACCAGCCUAUUUUGCUUACAGAUUAUACAGUGCAAUCCAUGACUUUGGUUUCCAUAAUAAAACCGUGAUCAGGAUUCUAAUUGCCAGAAGUGAAAUAGACCUGAUGACCAUAAGGAAACGAUACAAAGAGAGAUACGGGAAGUCCCUCUUCCAUGAUAUCAAACAUUUCGCUUCAGGGCAUUACGAGAAGGCUCUGCUUGCCAUCUGUGCCGGGGAUGCUGACGAUUACUAA